GCCUGAGUGUGUCGGCGCGGUCAGUGGCGGCGCUGAGGAGAGUGGUUGCCGCCAUGAUAGAGCAGCAAAAGCGCAAAGGCCCAGAGUUGCCACUGGUUCCAGUCAAGCGGCAGCGGCAUGAAUUGUUGUUGGGAGCCGCGGGGUCGGGCCCCGGAGCCGGACAGCAGCCGACGGCGCCUGGCGCUUUGCUGCAAGCGGGACCUCCAAGGUGUUCCUCCCUUCAGGCCCCAAUCAUGCUGCUCUCAGGACAUGAAGGGGAAGUGUACUGCUGCAAGUUUCACCCCAAUGGAUCCACCUUAGCAUCUGCAGGAUUUGAUCGACUGAUAUUGUUGUGGAAUGUCUAUGGUGACUGUGAUAACUAUGCUACAUUGAAGGGACACAGUGGGGCCGUGAUGGAGCUGCAUUAUAACACUGAUGGCAGUAUGCUCUUUUCCGCAUCCACAGAUAAAACUGUGGCAGUGUGGGAUAGCGAAACAGGCGAGAGGGUUAAAAGGCUAAAAGGACAUACUUCCUUUGUGAAUUCCUGUUACCCGGCCAGGAGGGGCCCCCAGCUUGUCUGCACUGGCAGCGAUGAUGGGACAGUUAAGCUGUGGGACAUCCGGAAGAAAGCAGCCAUCCAGACAUUUCAGAACACCUACCAGGUGUUAGCUGUGACCUUCAAUGACACAAGUGACCAGAUUAUUUCUGGUGGAAUAGACAACGAUAUCAAGGUCUGGGACUUGCGCCAAAACAAGCUAACCUACACCAUGAGAGGCCAUGCAGAUUCGGUGACUGGCCUGAGUUUAAGUUCUGAAGGCUCUUAUCUCUUGUCCAACGCAAUGGACAAUACAGUGCGGGUCUGGGAUGUCCGGCCAUUUGCUCCUAAAGAGAGGUGUGUGAAGAUAUUUCAAGGAAAUGUGCACAACUUUGAGAAGAAUCUUCUGAGAUGCUCUUGGUCACCUGAUGGAAGUAAGAUAGCAGCUGGUUCAGCUGACAGGUUCGUGUAUGUGUGGGACACGACAAGCCGGAGGAUUUUGUACAAGCUGCCCGGACAUGCCGGCUCCAUCAAUGAAGUGGCUUUUCACCCAGAUGAGCCCAUCAUCCUCUCCGCGUCCAGCGACAAGAGACUGUAUAUGGGGGAGAUUCAGUGAAGACACAGGAAGGAAGAACCACCGGCUGCUUGACCCUGAGACCUCAGGCGGCAUGAGUGGCAUCCAGCGGGGCCCAGGCCAGCAGCCUCCCUUCGGAUGAAGAUCGUUCCUAGCAAAAAGCAAGGAGGAGGUGGCCAUAUUCCGGCAACCACUGCUAUCCCGUUCCACAGGAUGAUUAAGGCAAGCUGACAGUGGCCUCUAAAAACCACCCGCCAGAUUUCAGGGACUGUUUGGGUUUUUUCCUUUUUUUUUUAAGGAAGAGUUUUUCAAAGAGACAGACAUGGAUUGGUUUGUAGUUUCCUGUUUCCUAAUCCAGGCCGAAAACAGGGAAUGUGACUGAAAUUUGUUUAUUGGGAAUUUUUUUUUUAAUUCAAUAACUGGCUUGUAUGAUAUUUUUCUUUCUGUGUUUCUCUGAGUCAUUUUGUAUUAAAAACCAAAUAGAUGCCUUUUUACAAGA